AACGGAUUGGUAAAUACCAACCCAAAAUGGUAAAUACCAUUUCCGUUUGGUUAUCCGCUUGAAUUUGAUUAUAGACAGCAAGCCUAUAGAAAAGAGUGGGAAACACAAGAGCCCCCCCCCAGACGGAAAUUUUCCUUUAUCAUCAAUCCUGAGAGAACCUAAGACACUGUGUAGGAUAAUGUACGAUAACUUUUACGUGUUUGUAUGAUAAUUCCCUGCGAAGAAUCUGGCAACGCUGCCCCAGCAUAAAAUUAAAAUCUAAAAUCAGCUGAUCUGAAGUGGAUGGAUGAUGAUCGUAUUUUAUGUUAAUUUUUAUUUUAAUUUCGCAUUUUCCGGCGAAUGUUUUCAAAAUUUCCAAAAUGAUGUAUAGGCGAUGAAUUAUCAUAUGUCCAACAAUCAUCGAAUUAACUGAGAUAGAAACAGUUUGUGCAGGAUCAAUAAAUAAUUGCAAAAUGAGCGGUGAUCAGGUUAUAAAAGUAGGAUCACGUAAGAGUCAACUAGCUUUAAUUCAAACCAACCAUGUAAUAUCGCUGUUGAAAGAGAAGUAUCCGGAAAAGCAAUUUGAAAUAGUUACAAUGAGCACAAUGGGUGAUAGAAUCCUAGAUAUACCACUGCCAAAAAUUGGUGAAAAAUCCUUAUUUACUAAAGAACUAGAGACUGCACUAGCUAAUGGAGCAAUAGACUUUGUUGUACAUUCACUGAAAGAUUUACCGACAACUUUACCUGAUGAUAUGGUAAUAGGUGCUGUUCUAACUAGGGAGGAUCCCAGAGAUGCCCUGGUUCUCAAAAAAGACUUAACCUCAUACAAUCUAAGCACUCUACCUCCAAAUAGCAUUAUAGGGACAUCAAGCUUGAGACGAACUGCACAACUAUUGAAGAAAUAUCCUCAUUUGAAGAUUGAAAAUAUCAGAGGAAAUUUGAACACAAGGCUUAGGAAGUUGGAUGAGUUAGGAAAUUAUCAAGCUAUAAUUUUGGCAGCAUCAGGAUUGAAAAGGAUGGGAUGGGAACAUAGGAUAAGUGAAAUUCUUGAAGAAAAAGAACUUAUGUAUGCUGUUGGUCAAGGUGCUUUAGCUGUGGAAUGUAGAGAGGAUAAUUUGGACAUUAUCAAGUUAUUGGAUUCAUUGUAUGACCUUGAAACUGCAUUACGAGUUACAGCAGAACGGAGUUUUUUGAAAACUUUGGGUGGAGGUAUGAUAAAUAAAAUGUAUAAUUCGGGUGAAUUAUCUCCGGUUUGGGAGGGUUUUUGCACCUUUUGGGGAAUAUUCGGGGGCCAUUACCAAACUACAAUUUCAACUUCGAUAGAUUAUAUGCUAUAUUUAAAUGGUAUUCACUCCUUGAUAAAAAAAAACAUGUAUUCGUUCGCGCUAGUAUUGAUGCUGGGUGCGGGUUCGGAUCGCGCAUUUCAACAUAGCUAGACCACGAUGUCUUAUAAGUGAAAUUCAGGCAAGUCCUGGAAUGAUGCCGAUCCAAACCACAAAGCAAUGAUUAUUUAGUCAGAAUUCACACGUAAUUCAUUUAGUGAGUGAAUGCUAAACAGCUUCACGUUCUCCUUUCAUACAAAUCUAAGUGCACAUAUUCCGAACGACAUCCUUAUGAAUACUAUCUUGAUUUGCUCUCUGUUCAGUAUGCAACCUCCUGCCGAUAACCGACACUUGAAACCUUUCAUCUACCGCCGCCGCUAUCUGGGGGUAUAACCGCGGCCUAAGGCAGUUCGUUCAUACAAAGAGUACUAUAAAAGUUUUGCAAUAUAGCUUUAUUUAUUGACUUGAAACCAGUCCUUAAACCAAGUUUCACCUGGGAGUGCGGUAAACUCGUUGUCCCAAGCACUCAGAAGGUCGUCAGCGCUAGAAAACCGUUUUCCUUUUAGCUUCAUUUUCACAUGCUGAAACAGUGCAACGUCGCAGGGAGCAAGAUCUGGACUGUAAGGAGGGUGCUCAAUAAGUUUCAGUCCAGUAGUGGUGUACCUCUUAGCUGUGACUGUCUUCAGUGUGUCCAAAACGGCACUCUCCACAGUCCCUCUCGAUUUGAAAAAUACAGCUAUCAUUUUUUUCUUAAAGAUUGAGAUUUUCUGAUAGCUAUGGUGUGUCCUCAUCAUUAAAGGCCCAAACUUUGUUUUGAGCCUUCGGAAUAAUAGAGCCGUCUCGUCACCUAUCACGAUGCUGUUCACAGACCGAGAUUGCCCAUUAUCAAACAUUUUCAACAUCUUUCGGCACCAAGUCGUGCGAUGAGUCUUCUGCUCUCCCGGUGUCCAGAGAGAACAAUGUUUCCUUACGUCUAAAUGGUCAUGUAGAAUUCAAUGAAUUGCUGGUGCAUGAAGGUGUAAGGUCUCUAUCUGUUGGUAUGUCACUCUCCAGUCUUUGUCAAGAAUUGCCCUCACAUCAGUAAUGUUUUCCUCUGUUACUGACGUUCGCGGCCUUCCUUCCCUCUCAGCGUCUUCCAGAGUGAAAUUGUCCCUUCGGAAUUCUCUGUACCACCUGAAUAUAGUCGUACGAAGAGCGUCAUUUCUUCUAAGCACUGGUCUAUGCUUAAACCACGCGUAAAGUUAUACUGUAAAACUGCCGUUAUCUCACUUCGUGUGAAUGAACAACUAAAUCAACAGACGUGUUGCCGGCGCCUACUAUGCACUCAUGGACAGGUCUCAACAAGCAGUAACAUGCAGCCUCCCGCGUCCGUUUGUUGUCAUAUUGCGAAACUUUGUACAUGAUUUAAAUUCGUAGGUAUGGGAUGUAUGAAUGUGUGAGACUGAACCAAUCUACUCGAACAUUUUUUUAAAGCGGUUGCAUACUUUCUUUCAGGUUGCAGUGCUCCAGUAGCCGUAUUUUCCAACUUAAAACCAAAGAAAGACAAUAAGGUGCAGUUAAGCUUACACGGCGCCGUUUGGUCUUUAGACGGGAAAUAUGAAAUACUGGAUGAUUGUACCACUGAACUAGCUGUACAAAAAUACGUACGUUGUAGUACAUGCCCUUAUAAAAAACAAUCCGCGUGUAUUGAUAUCGAAAAUUGCUCCGGAAGAUCUGAUGGAGAACCAGCUCAUAAAAGAGUCAAAGUAGACAAAAGCGUGCCAGUGGAAAUUUUGAAAGACGAUCCCCAUGAGAAAUGCCCCAUACAGAUACCGGUUGGGGCAGAGUUUAUGGGAAAAUGCCCAUAUCUAGAAGUCAAACAGAAUGACACCAAUCUGUUGGACCAAGUUGACAUCAAACAAUGCCCAUUUAUGAGUAAACAAAGUACCGCCACCGGAUCAAGUACAAAUGAGAUAGACGGAACUAGUAAAGAUAAUAAUAAUUCUUUUUGUGGUUUGGUGUUGCAUAAAAAUGCAGGGCUUGACAGUAUGGAACUGGCUAGGAAAUUAGGUGAGGAUUUGGCAAAGAAGUUGAUUGAAAAGGGUGCUUUAGAAGUAAUGUCUAAAGCGCAGGCGAUAGUACAUGGAGAAACAGUUGCUCAAAAUGCUAUAAGUUAAAGUGAUGUAAGAAAUCUGGGAUAUUGUUUAGGUAAAGGUAUUGCUGAGGUAGGAUAUAAGGACUUAUCACAAGGUAUAGACAUAAAUUGCCCAAAUGGUAAGGUACAAACAGUUUUUUAAUUAUUUCUUACCUUCCCAUAAUUAAAUACUAUAUGCAUUUAUUGGUGUGGGUUAUAUUCACAUUAUCUGCUAUUUUGUAUCUGUUCAAAACCGUUUGUUAUGGUUGCGGAAAAUAAUGUAGUUUCUUAAACUUCUCUGAUUCUCUUUCUGGCGCCACAAUGUUGGCCUGGCCAAUAAUGUUAUUAGAAGCGUACAUAUUAAAAACUUUACUGAUUUCAUGGUUUGCCACAUAAAAAUUCUAAAUUAUUUCUUUAGUAAUUUCAACUGCUCUUCUUCAGUGUACGAUAUUUUACCACUCAUCAGAAUACUGACUCAGUGCUGCCCACUAACGGAAAGAUUAUGAAUGACAAAUCUGCACUAAUAAGAUUACAUUUCGAAGUGAUGUUCACAAUAUUAAUGUUCGGUAUCGGAAGCUGAUUUCCCAACCUCGUCAUCGUAUAUCUAUGUUUAACAGAUGUUUUUCUCACUUUAUCUACCACUUGUAUAAUCACGUCCCCACAAACCUUAAGUCUAUGUAUGUGUCAGCUUUUAAAAGAAGUUACAGAAAAUUUCUGUUAGAUGAAUUGUAGUGUUUACUUUAUAUUUUUCCUUUCUAUAUUUUAAACGUUGUUUUUUUUGGUAAAUCUGCCUAAAAUGAUUUGACAUUUUUCGUUAAACUAUAUUAUUCGUAUAAUUUCUUUAUAUACAUAUAUUUUUCUUGACGUUUGUAAUUAUUAUUUAUUAAUUAUUAAUAUUAACUUAUAUAAUUUGGUUAAGUACUCCUCUGUUGUAAUUUUGUUUGUUGGGCUAGUACUUUGAUCAGCUCGUCUGUUUACUAGUCCCUUUUGCAGGGAAUUCAUGUUGUUUCUUCAUUUUUAAUUUUUUCUCUUUGUAUUUUUUUGCUCUGCAAAUAAACGCUAUUAUUAUUUGUGAAAUGAAAUAAAACACGUCCAUUUUUUUCAUCUAAAUAUUUUACUCUAACUAGAAAUUAUGUAUGAAAAAUAAUAUCAGACAAAUGUCCGCCUCUAGAAGCCGCGUAAACCUGUGCCCUCUUGAUUACAUUUUCCAUCACUUUUUGGGUAGGUUUCGGGAGGAAUAUUGUCAAUCGCUUCCGUAAUAUUGUGCUUUAGCUGCUCUACAGUGUUUGGUUUGUUGGCAUAUACCCUAUUUUCCAAAAAUCCCCAUAAAAAAUUCAGGAGCCGUUAAAUCCGGUGUCCAGUUGGCAUCACAAAAUCGAGAAAUUAAACAUCCCGGAAAUAUUGUUCGUAAAAGAUUCGUUGUUUCCCUAGCUGUGUGACAAGUUGCUCCAUGAUGAAUUGGACACAUGUGCUUUAAACAACUACUAUGGCGCCACCUACUGAAAUGCGUGUAUCAAAAAUGGCUCGCAUUUCUAAUCGGUUAGUUAUAUAUUGGCCACCCUGUAUUUUGUACGAUGUUCUCUCUGUAUAAUGCGCACAAAGUGUACCAAUACAGUAUUAAUAUUAUUGGCCAGGUUAAGCAGGUUGUUGUUAUAAUGCAUACAUGUAAAGUGAUAGUUGUCAAAAAUUCCUUCACAGAACUAUUUUUCUCAUAAUACAAUUUGCUCUCGUAUUAUAGUUUUUUAGCCAUGACCUCUUUUUUUUGUUGAACUUUUUAUGUAUAUCUAUGUUUGUUGUGAAGUUAGAUUUUAUUAAAAC